UUGCAUACAAGUACUGCUACUGGUUCAUUUGUUUUAUGUAACCAGCAACCGAAUUUUUGGAAGAAUUAGUUUGGGACUUCGGGAUAAUAGUCGGUUUUGGAAAUGAAAUAACAAAGCGGGCAGAUAAAUUUAUUUCGUCUCCCGUACUUUUCUGCUUCUCGAAAGCAGAUAUAUAAGGACGGUUCGCACUUCGUGUAAUCUGGCCGUGGCAGCUUAUCUGGAAGCACAACAUCCAUCUUGUAAGUAUUGGAAACAAGAUUGAGAUUUGUUGCGGUUCUUUCAAGUCAUGGAGGAUUACGAAUUUCGUAACGGAAGCCAUAAAAUGGCAGGCGAUGAGGAUAUUGUGUUUAAGAUCCAUUAUGGCGAGCACACUAUUCGUUUGGAGCUUCCGGAAUCGGAAAAAGUUGGGGAUUUAAAAAGACUCCUGCGGAGAAAAACGGGACUCAAAGACUCCGAAAUGGAACUGUUAGGAUGGGAUGACCCGGACAUCAUUUCUGACGAAAUGACGUUUGCAGAACUUGGUCUGGCAAAGGACUACCAUUUGGUUCUACGACCUGUUGGUGAUCAUUGCGAUGAUAGAAUGGGGAAGACUUACCAUGUGCAAGUCAUUGACCAACAAAACGACGAAACCUACAAUUUGUUUUUCAACGGCAUGCAAACUGUCAGAGAGGCAAAGGCCCAUUUGGCUGAACUGUCAAAUAUUUCUUUCGAGAAACAGAGUUGGUCUGGAUGGCCAUGGCCCCUUCAUGACGAACAGUAUCUUUCCGAAGUCGGGCUUCGCACUCCCAAUCAUGAACUCAGACUGUCCAAACUUCGUGAUAGAGAGCCUGCCGUUUACGAGCGUUCCCAGUCGUCCGAGUUGAAUUACGAAGUGGAAACGGACGACAUGGACGAGAGCGACACUGUUGAUGUCAGUCCUCGAAUCGCCCAACGCGGUUCGUUAGUGCCAGAUGCUAGUCUGUCCAUAACGGAUGCCGUUCGUCUUUUCGUCCAAAAUUUUGAAUCGAGGUACGGUGCCAAUCAUCCUCCAUUUUAUGAGGGCACACUUCGAGAAGCCAUGUCGUAUGCAUUUGAUCGUCCAGUUAUGGAGAAAAAAUUGUUUGCAUUAUAUGUCCACAACGACCGUUCCAUAUCCGUCAAUAUCUUUGUCACUCAAGUCUUGCAGGAUCCUGUGCUCAUACAGUACUUGACGGAACAUGCGGUUUUAUGGCCUUGGGAUGUGACUAUUCCAGAAUCUCGAAUCGUCUUAAGAAAUGAGAUUGAAGAAAUUAUUGGUGCACAAGUGUCAAUACCGUUGACGACGACCAAUGUAGAUAAAUUUCCAAUGUUAUUUAUUUGCACGAAAAUGCGCGGAUCGGUGGAGUUACUUAAGGUUGUUGAUGGAACGAAGUCUGCGCAAGAAGUUUUCGAAGGUCUGGAAAUUGCCGAGCGUGUACAUGGUGAGGCGCAAGAAUCGGAAAUGCUGGACCAGCAAGCGAGGGCGAACCGAGCCAUGAUGGUGGAAGAACAAAACCAGGCUUAUUUGGUGUCACUGGAAGCUGACAGAGCAAAGGAUGUAGCUCGAAAGGCCGUGGAAAACGAAAAAAAGGAGGCUGAAAAUCGAGAAAAAGAGGAACUUCGUUUGCGUCAGCAAAAACAAGAUGAGGCUGGAGCGUCUUUACCACCCGAACCACAGCAGGAUAAUGGUGAUGUAAUUACGGUGAUUCGUUUGCGUACCCCAGAUGGCAAAUCAGUGACCAGGAAAUUUUUGGCUUCCUCACCUAUUAAACAUUUGUUCGCCUUUGCUCAUGCAAAUGGGUUUUCCGGUGAUGAUUACAAUUUGGUAUCAAGUUAUCCUAAAAAGAUGCUGAGUGGACUGGAUCCCAACAAAACCUUUAAGGAUUUGGGAUUGACGCAACAGGUUGCCGUGUUCGUUGAAGAACGCUAGAGAGAGCUCAUAUUUGGGUUCACACAGAAUACCUGCCUUCAAUUUUGAUACCUAACUGGGACUUGGUGGAAAUGGUGUGGUUGUUCACUUGAACUAAUGUGACAAAAUUUCAACUUGUGUUGAUUCUGAUUUUUUAAAAACGAGUUUUUGCUUUUGUUUCGUUGAUGGUUUGGUUCCGGUGGUCAGUGAAACUGUGACUUAACGAAAUUCUCUUUUGUUGUUUAUUGUGUUCAUAAGUUGUGUUGGGACAGACAUCACAUUCUUUCGUCGGUGGGCCGCAUGCUUUGAAUAAAAUCGUUUUUCUUUGG